AUGGCGUCGCGGCCUCUCCGGACCUUGCUAGUACGCGCUUCGUACGCGCAGUUCUCAGCGUCCGCAUUUCACUCGGGCCCCAAGUCGCUACUGGCUCGGGCGGCCACGCGCUUCCAUCUGGACUCGACGCUGCCUCAACUUUGUGUGCGCAACACCGCUAAAGUCCCGGGUCAAUUGGAUAUUUUGUUGCCAUUGCCCGGAUUAAAAGGUCUCACGCGAUUCGGGUUUGAGUACUCUCAAGCCAGUGUGCAGGACCUCAUUGAGGCCGUGCGACACGCCGAUACCUCACUUAGGGUUGUGGAAGUGGCUACACUUGAUGGCACGAAAGUCGCGCGUACCGUGCGGUUAGGGGCGCUUACAUCCAUGACGUUCUGUCUUCGAUUGAACCACGUGAAUGUGCUGGUGGAGAGCGACAAGGCGACGACGGAUGACGCCAGACUCAACGAAGAGGACGCUGCAUUUGCGAGCGUCAAAGCGGCGAUGGAGAAAGACCGACGACUUCUUUUGCCGCUGCCUGAAUAUUACAGGCUCUGUCACAAUGCCGGGGCCGAAAAAGUGGUAGCAGCCAAAUGGCUACAAGAACUUCAACGCCGGAAUUUGGUGGUGCAUUUUGACCGGUCGCGGCACCCACAGCUGGAAAAUGCACUAAUUCUACGACCUUAUAGUUUAGAAAGUUUAUUGACGCUAAAGAACUCAUUGGACUCGGAGAUGUACAACAUCAAGCAUCAUCGACGUGCGAAAGAGCGCGAAGUUGCAGCGUUAAUGACUUCAUUGGCGCAAUUGGAGCAAAUUGAGACGGACGUGCACGUGGCUGCGCGUCGUCUGCCAAAUGCCCAGAAGUGGGUGGCCCUUACGGGACUCACUGGAUUCUAUGGAACACUCAUGUACUGUGUAUGGGACGUGUACUCGUGGGACGUGAUGGAGCCAAUCACGUACUUUAUCGGAUUCACGGCCGUGCUGGGCAACUCGUUCUAUUCGACCAUUACAAAGAAGGAUGCAACCUACAGCAACAUAUGGCAGAAGCGGUAUGCUGAGCGCGUGCACGUGCUGAGCAAAGAGCGAAAGUUUGACCCAGCAGAGCUCGAGGAGCUCCAAGGCCGUAUUGUCGACCUCAGAAACGACAUUAUGGUGCUGUCGCAAUGGGAAACCACCAAUGCGGAUAACCAGUAUAUGCCGAUAGAGUAG